AUGGGCGACAGCUUGGGCGACAGCGUGGGCGACGCGCCGACUGCGGUGUGGCAGCCAGCCAUGGCGGGGAAGACGGGCUGGUCCGUGGUCCGGCGCAACGCGAGCGUGCUACAGGUGAGCGGCGGGGAGGGCCGCGCCGGCUCACCGGCAGUGGGGGACGCAGGUCGCCACAAUCGCUUCUGGGCGCUGGCGGCGGAGGACUCGGAAGAGGAGGACGAAGGCGGGGAGCUGGAUCCGGAGCGAGGCCUGUGUGCGGCGCCGGCAGGGCCGUCGAUCGGCGACUUCGUGGCUCUGGCUGCGAAGCAGGGCGGUGUUGCUUCGCGCUCGGGGCGCGGGAGGCGCUUCGCGCCGGGCGGCCGUGGCUCCAGAUCCAUGGCUUCUCGCAUCUGGCUGCCGCCGCGGGAGUGCGACUCGGGCUCAGGUGCUGGCGGUUCGUCGGGGGCGGCGACGUGCAUUCGAGCCAAGGCGGCGGCGAGCCUGACGGUGCCGCAGACGGAGCUGUCCAGGGAGGACUGGCCGCGCCUGACGGCGUCCCCUGUGGCGGCGGCGGUGGAGGCGGCGGGGGCGCCGUGCGGUCCGGAGCCGAUGCGCUUGGCACCAGGCCCUAGGGUUGGGCCGGGUGGGCCGUUGGUGGGGGCCCCUCCGGGGAUGGCGACGAGCGUGGGGCUGGAAGCGUCUCCUGGGCCUGGGCCGAGUGGACAGUCUGGGGCGUUUUCCGACCCUCCUGUGGGACUAGGACUGGAGACGACCUCGGACCCGCGGCCUCAUGUUACCCAACGGCCCAACGCGUCGCGGCCCGACACUGGCCCGAUCACUGGAUAUAAGUGGGUGAGGAGGGGCUGCCUGGAUCCCCGUUUAGGGUUUCCAGCCACCACUCGCGAGGUGCGGCGCUUUGCCCACUCCGCCCGCUCGAUCCAGAUCUGCCCCCUCCCCCCCCCUUCUCCAGUCCUUCGCGGCGGUGGUGAUGGGAGAUAG